GUUCGUUAGGUUCUAUACUAGUGAUUCCAGAGCUUUUAUUAAUGAUCGAAUUCAUACGAUUCCUGUUUUACUAUGUACUAUUUCUGAGUUGUCUUUACCAGUGUACAGCGGAUACCUCCUUUAUUCGCGUGGUUGUAAGUGAUGUUAUACCUACAAGAAAAUGGACGCAAUACAAACUUCACGCCACCAUACACCUCUCACCACUCAAAAGUUUAUAUGAUAUUGCUGAAGUCUUAACUUUCCAGAACGUUAAAGAUGAAAACCUAAAAAUUUAUCCGAACGACAUUUCCAACAACAAUCUGCUUCUCAAAAAACACAUAACUGCCAUCUACAACAAGAACGAUAAAUAUCAAAACCUGAAAGUUUCAACCGUCGACCAGUUGAAGGUUCAUAAAGCCAUCUUUUAUUGCUACAAACACUUUAUCUGACAUCAUUGAGAAAUGGCAAACUUGUGAUUCAAAUAUGGACAACUUUGUGUAGAGCUUAAGGUACCAUACACAUGCCUUUCUUAUCUGUGCAUGCAAAGCGAAAAAAGGAAUUUUGUUUGACAAAGGAAACUUUUUCUAUCAUUUCAUUUUGAUACAAUUCCUCAAAUGUAAAUCUCAUCACAGUCCUUUCUAACUCAUAACUAUGAUUCAGACAAGCUUCAUUACACUAAAUUCAGUAGUUUUUCUAUCUA